AAAUAAACUUUUUCCUUUUCUUUUCGUGUUCGUGUAUGCCCUCUCCGUCUAUUCCUACCUUCGUCCUCAACACACACACUCUCUCUUCUUCCACCCUCUUCCUUGUUCCCUCUCCUACUCUUCAAACUCUAAUAAUCAAAUUAACAUUACUUUACUUUCGACUCUCCGUUGCUAAAAUAACUGUUGAUUAACAAAUAAGCCUGAGAGUAAAGCAAAAGGGAGAUUAGCAAUGGUGGUUUUCUCAGGUGGAAACCUUUUCGCCAAAGAGGUGUCUAUUCGCAAGAGAAUCCUUAGCAUAUUUAAUAAGAGAGAAGACGAUUUCCCAUCCUUGAAGGAGUACAAUGAUUACCUAGAAGAAGUAGAGGAUAUGACAUGCAACUUAAUUGAUGGAAUAGAUAUUCCUGGCAUUGAAGCUAAAAUUGCCCAAUACGAGGAAGAAAAUGCUGAGCAGAUAAUGAAUUCUCGAGCUCGAAAGGCAUGCAGAGGAGCUAGCAGCAGCUCUGGCAGCCAGCAAGGCACCUGCACAAGUUGAUGCUGAAGGGGCCGCAGAACAAAACUCACAAGCAGGGAUGUCUACCACAACGCAAGGGCAAUACGCACCUGCAGUUGCGGCAGGGCAAUUUAUGCAACCAAGACCGAUGGGAAUGUCCUCACAACCACUACCCCUUGGUGGUUCUGAUAUGAAUGAAGAAGAAUUCAUGAAGCUACGAGCAGAAAAAGGUGGACGUGCAGGAGGUUGGAGUCCGGAACUUGGUAGGAAGAGGGCACUUGAGGAAGCUUUUGGGAGUCUUUGGAUAUGAGAUCUUCAGGAAAACUAACAUAUGGAUCGUGUUUUCUCCAUAUGUUUCGAUCAUCCAGAUUUGAGACUUCUGAACUUCUGUAAACUUACAGGCUCACAGUUUUGAGACAAAAAAAUGGAUCACAAACAUGAAUAUGUAUGUAAUAUGCGUGUAUCUCCUAUGAAGAUUCUUAAUUAUGUGCUAUGAAUAUAUUGAUAAUCUUUUUGGAUGAA